AUGUAAAAUUAUAGUAGUGAUGAAGAAAUCUCAUCUAUUCCAGAUGAUGAAUAUUAAGAUUAUGAUAAAUAAGAUUUUGAAGCCAUUUAAUUUGCUAAUAACAAAUAAAACAUAUAUGAAGAUAAUCAAGAAAAUGAUAAUGAUAAUGAAAAUGAUGAAGAAGAAGAAUUAGAAUUAGAAAACAAUGACAAAUUAUAAAAAACUGGAAUUAAAUUUAAAUUACCAUAAAGAAACUAAAUUGAAAAUAAGAAAGCUCUAUCUAAUUUAACUAAUCAUAAAGUAUUGAUUGAAACUACAAAUUAAUUAAAAAAUAUUAGCAAACUAUAAAAUAGACCUUCUACUUCUACUACUUCAUCUUAUAAACCUAUUUAUACUUCUAGUAUUCAUUAAAGUGAAUAAAUGCAAAAAAAAUAUAAUUAUAAAUAAAAAUCAUUUAAUACUUUACCAAAAAGAUCUGAUCCUGUUGCCAGAUAUUAAUAAAUGUCAUCAUAAUGGAAGAAAACUAAAUUUUUAUAAAAUACUAAUGGAUUAAAAGAAGGUAGAAAAUUAAAUUUAGAUACAAGAAUUGAAUAAUAAAAAUAAGAAUUAAAAGAAUCUGGAAUGUUUCAUAGAUACAUUGCAAAAUCGUAAUUAUUUUUGUGA